UUUAUACAGUCGGGGUAGUUGAGAGCACCGAGAACGGUUUAUCGCUGUGAGGAGCUUGUAAGGGGAAUCACCAUAACUUCAAAGAAAUACACUCGUACCGAAUGUCCGAAAGCGAAAAGAGAAAAUUGAAAAAUGUUUUGCCUUGAAUACGUACAUCCAUGUGCGAGGUAAACAUUUUAAAAAAUGGCAAGUUCUGGUGAGGGAAAAAAGGGAGGCAAACCCAUUCUGAUACAGCGCCCCCUGCGAGCAUUCAAACAACAGCAAGCGCUGGCCAAUGAUGAGGAACUGGCAAGGAAGAUUCAGCAAGAAGAGGAACAGAGGUCAAAGCAGUUCCACAACGAUGAGUUGCUUGCUCAGCAGCUCGCCGAGGAGAUGAGAAGUCAGGAAAACGGAGAGGCCAGUGAUGGUGAAUGUGCUGAACAAUUACAGAGAGAGUUUAAUCGCUAUCGCGGAAUGACGCAGGUCGACUUGCUCCUGGCACGGCAGCUUCAGAGGCAGGAGGAGGAGACGGUUAACGCUCGGAGACACAUGCUGCAACAGCAACGCCUCGGCUUUCAGCAACUCAGGGGAGAUGACCCAGAGGUGGGCGUGUCAGACUCAGAUCUUGGCAACCAGGGGCCGAGCCUUCGACCUCGUGUGAUUGGCGCCCCUCAAAGAGUGACUGUGGUUCAGAGCGGGGGCCGGGGCAGGAACAUCAUACAGUUCGGCUCGGGGAAUCCGUUCAUGAGGCAAAGGUUUCCGAUACGACAGCAUCCCCCUGCAGCCCAGCUCCCAGAUGGAGAGUCUGACCCGGAGACGAUGCUGUUGUCCAUGGGAGGCGGCAUGAACAGCGACUUCAUCAACAUCAUGCAAGACCCGAUGCUGUUGGUGAUGGCUAUGAGUCGGGCGUCAGACUUCACAGGCAAUGAGCAGAACGUGAAUGUCAGUGACUAUGAUGGGCUGUGGGAGCUAGCGGAGAGGCUGGGGGAGGUUCAGAGGAAGGGGGUGAGUGAGGCGGAGAUCGGGAAUCUGCCCACAUACUUGUACCAGGCCGGGGCUUCCGCCGCUCAGAACACAGACUGCCAGGUGUGUCUGAGUGCCUUCGAGCCCGGGGAGACCCUCCGCUCUCUACCCUGUCUACACGACUAUCACAGCAAGUGCAUUGAUGAGUGGCUUAAGAGGAACUCCACAUGCCCAAUAUGUCGGCAUGAUGUGAGACAGUGAUAGACCAUCCUCCAGGGCCUACACAGCCGUCAGCAGUCUCAAUGACACAAGCAACACUUACUAGGGCAACAGAUAAACAACAAACCAUGAAUGAGAGAAAUAGUGUGCGAACAGUACAAGCCAUACAGGCUAGCUGAUAAAAAAAUUUGGCCACAACAUUUGUGUUUCAGUUGACGGAUGUGAAAUAUAGAAUGUCUGCCGAGUGUCUUUUGAUAUCAAAUAUAUCAACACAAGUAGAUAUAUUUUAUGUCUAAUGACACUCGGGUGAGAUCAUCCAAAAUCAUUCUUCAGUUUUUAAACUGAAGUAACUAGUGUGUUGAGUGUAAGCAGUACAGCUAACCAUCAUUAGUGGCAGGGAGAUUAGUGAUGUCCUUGAUUGUGAUGUCAUGGUAACUGAGGUAACUGAUGACAUCACAAUAGUCCACAAACCAUUGUGAUACAAUUUCAUUGCAGCAAAAUCUCCAAGGAGAUGUCACUUGAUCUGCUCCAAGAGACGUGUCCUGUGGACGUCAGUUUCAGGUAAUAAGGGAUGGUAUCUUCAUCAUGGUGGUGUUUAUGAACUGUGGCAUCUGUGUUGAUGGGUUCACUUAUCAGGCUUCUGGAUUUCAAGUUAGGAGUUGUACUCAAUUUGUCAUCCAAACCUGGCUCCCACAGGAGAUAUCACUUGGGUGAGAUCAAGUGAAAUCUACAUUGUAGAUAUCACUGCAAUGAAAUUGCAUCACAAUGCUUUGCAGUCAAUUUUUCAAUAUUGAUAAUGUCUGA